AAAGUCUUUGCAACCGUGUCGGCGAAGCUAUAUAACAAAAAUAAGAGUAGACCAAAGAUAAAGUAAUAAUAUGGAGAAAGACAUGAUCCAGGACGCUAGAUCAUUCAACACACCUUUGUCCGUUAUCACAGAAGCGUUCGAGGAUCUAGCAGAUUUGCUUAAACCACGGUGGCAAAAACGCUCUGAGAUCGACCACAACGACGCCGUAUCAAAUGAUGGAUUAAGGCUCGAUGCGUUUUGCAGUGCGUGUACUCACGUCUCUGUUUUGUUCGGGUGCCUUGGCUUCGCCUUCAAGUUCGCUGAGAUGGAGUACGUCUCCAAGGUUAGAGAUUUGGUGGAAGCGUCAAAAACGUUUGAUACGUUACAAAACAUUCUUGAUCUAGAUGUUAUGAACCAAACGGUUAAGACACAAGGAAGCUAUUCGAGAAAUCUACGACGUGUUAGACUAGGUUUAGACCUAAUCCGAGCCAUCUUCGAACAAUUCUUAAUGACGAACGAGUGUUACUCUUUGAAAGACGCUGCAACAAAAGCUUACACACAAGUAUGUGCACCGUUUCACACGUGGGCCGUUCGAACAGCGGUUUAUGCUGGAAUGUAUACACUUCCGACUAGGGACCAACUUCUGUUACGGCUUAAUGAAACAAAUCAAUCUGUGGAGAAGAACAUGAGGAGGUACAUGGAAGCUUCGAGGCCGAUCAUAGAGUAUAUUGACAAGCUUUACAUUGAUAGGAACAUUAAACUGGAUUGGUAGCAAAUUUUGUUACAAAGAAGGUUAGUCCUUGGACAUCUAAAAUUGUUGCUUUGUCUUCAAGGCCAAUGAUUGUUCCUCUCGAUGAUUUUUAAUUCAUUCUUGAAAUAGAUUUUGGAUUUGAUGACAAAAUAACUAAACAGAAAAUGAUAUAGACAUCGUUGAAUAACAAAUUAGUAUUAUCUUGUUGGUGUUUAAUCUAAUGAAUGCACAAAUUUGUGCUUGAAGAAAUUAUAAGGUUCCGGUGAUCAAUUGUUUGUCUUUAUAUGCAAUUUACGAGAAUCUUAAUUUUGGGUUUUACUUAUCGUAAAACUAGUUUUGUCUGACAAACAUAUGACUAUGCCACUUCAAUAAAAGAUUUGUUAUUGGUCUAUUGGAUAUAAUUCAUGGAUACUUUUUUUGGAGGAUUAGUUCGGUCUUUUUGGAAGCUCCUGGUUCAGAAAAUAAACAUUUGAGCUAGUUUUGUACCGUGAGAAUGAAUCAAAAGUAAGUUAAAACGUUUUUGACAUUUUGAAGAUUUCACGAAACUCCUUUGUGAGAUUUAGAAUCUGGUUCGAAUAUUCUUUGUUGAAUCCCAACUCUUGAAGUUUUCUGCGCGUCAGCCGCCCUCAAAUAUUCGUUUAAUCUGAGAUUUGUGACCAUAACUAAUAGCAUGUUGAAAUUUUAAAACAUAUAUCAAAUUGACUAAUUCAAAAUGCAUUUUUAUAGAACUGAUUGAAACAACAAUUUUAAAUAAACUCCUUUUUUGAUAGCUAUACUCCUUGUUUGUUAAAGAUAUUAAAGGUCUUAAGGAAAAAAUAAUAUUUUAUUCAACAAGUAAAUUUGGUGAUAUUAAAUUCUAAUGCGUAUAAAAAUGAGGAUCAAAGUGUUGAAAAAGAAUAAGCG